GAGAGACUGACAGAGCUAUUAUUUUAUGAUUUGUAUCUCUCAAGCUCAGUCUCCAAGUGUUCCCACACAAACCAAAAUUGUCGUUUUUAGCUUGUAAUUGAACCCCCAUACCUUCUCUCCCAUUCUCCAUUCGUCAUUCUUCACUGCUCUCCACUGAUUCUCUGCCCCUAAACCCCUGCAUUGUCCUCACUCCCAACCCUCCCACGCCACCACCACCAACCUCAUCUUCAUAGGCCAGCUGCUCCACAAAAAGACCCAUUUAACCUUAUACGCAUGGAUCCUUUCUCUUCAAGCUCACAUAACGUCGUUCUGAGCCUCGUUCUUUUACUAUUCUUCACUUUCAGAGGCGUUUCAGGCACUACGUUCACAUUCGUCAACAGAUGUGACUACACAGUUUGGCCAGGCAUUCUCGCAAAUGCCAACAGUCCUAGGCUCGACUCCACCGGAUUCGAGCUCCCCAAACAGACCGCCCGCACAUUCCAAGCCCCAACCGGCUGGUCGGGCCGUUUCUGGGCCCGAACCGGCUGCAGUUUCGACGGAUCCGGGUCCGGGUCCUGCACCACCGGCGACUGCGGCUCCGGCCAAGUUGAGUGCAACGGCGCCGGAGCCGCCCCGCCGGCGACCUUAGCUGAGUUCACUCUCGGCACCGGCGGUCAGGACUUCUAUGACGUCAGCCUCGUCGACGGGUACAACUUGCCCGUUUUCGUCGAGGGUACUGGCGGGUCGGGUCAGUGCGCCUCCACCGGAUGCUCCACGGAUCUGAACCGGAUGUGCCCGUCCGAGUUGAGGGUCGGCGACGGUGACGCGUGUAAGAGCGCGUGCGAGGCGUUUGGGACCCCCGAGUACUGCUGUAGCGGUGCGUAUGCCACACCCGCCACCUGUAGCCCGUCGGUUUACUCGCAGAUGUUUAAGGCGGCGUGCCCCAAGUCGUAUAGCUACGCGUACGAUGAUGCUACGAGUACGUUUACGUGCACCGGUGCCGAUUAUACGGUGACGUUUUGCCCCUCGUCUCCAAGUCUAAAGUCCACACCAAUGACAGCAACACCAUCACAAGGGGCUGCUACUGCCGGGUCAAAUCCCGGGUUCGCUUAUUCGGAUUCAGGUGCCGGGACAGUUCCCGGGUCUGGGUCCGGGUCAGCCACGGGCACGGGUACAGGUACGGGGACAGGGACAGUUCCCGGGUCAGGGUCUGGAGCUGGUGAGGCCAUGCUGGCAGAUGAUGGGUCAUGGUUAGCUGGUUUGGCCAUGGGAGACUCAAAUAGGGCAGGGCCCCUCUCCAUGACCUCAGCAGCUUUGUGUAUCAUCUUUUCCUAUCUUUUCUUGUAGUCUCCAACUCUGUGUUUCCCUUGGCAGUUUGCUCUUCAAUGUGAAUUAUUCAGAGGUUUGAGUGUUCUAGUGGUCACUCUGAGUUUUGCUCUUGGUAGAAAAAAAGCUGACAGAUUAAUCAAAGAUUGUAAACCCACCCAACCCUUCCAAGAUUCCCUCACCUCAAAAUCUUUGUAAGAUACACGUAAAAAAUGUUCAUUUUUCCUUUUUGUUUAAUUUCUGUAUGAGAGUAGUAGUAGAUAGUAGGGUUCCUUUUUCUUUUGCACCCAAGCUUUUUGAAGGUUCUGCCGCUAUAUGUAGUUACUAAAGCAGCAAAUGAGGAUUCAGAACCCUUCUUUUGAUCUUGGGCUGGCU